AUGUCCUUCCGUUGGCUCCUGCCGUGGGCCCUUGGCUCCCUUGGCUCCGCCGCGUCGUCUCCGCCGUCGCUGGUGGUGGCCUUCCAGGGCCGCGCGGAUGCCGAGGCGUCGGCCUACGACGAGCUGCUAGCAGCGCUGCAGCGCGAAGGAGAAGAGCGGAAGGUGGAGAUCUUCUAUCCGAAGAAAGGGACUUUUCAGGAGAUGGAACCGGAGGUCCAGGAGUUGAUGGCCCAGCACCCGGGUGCCUUUUUGGUCUACAUGGGCCACGGCAUGGGCACAACCGGCGGUGCUUCGGCGGCACAGCACUAUGCGGCAACGGCCACGGCUGCGAAGGCGCGGCUGGUGUUGCUGGCGGGAUUUCUGGAACGCGUGUGGAGACCGGACAUUGCGGCGUGCAUGAAGACUUGGUCAGUACAGCCAACUCUGAAGUGUCCCAAGGGACUGUGUCCAGGUGGAUAUUUGAAGGAUGGUGUGCACAACUGUUCGGGUCCUACCAUUCCCAGUCCGAGCUAUCCUGGUCCGCCAAGUUUGAGCAUCGGGGGUGAGUUGGAUGGACUUGUGAGGAUGUCGAGGAUGGCUGAAGCCUGGUAUACCCAGCAAGCAACGCAGCAUAAGGUGAAGCUGGUUCUGGGUAUGAGCCAUUCCGAUUUGAUGUCUUCAAUCCCGAGCUCUGUCGCAGCACAGGAUUUGCCCAGUGAAUGUGGCGCCAGUGACGCGAGAACUCAGGUAUCCAAGCUCAUCCUGGAUUUCUUGCUGGCGGAGUCCUUGGAGAUCUCUCCGGAGGCAGAAAUCUUUGGGCCCUUUGUGGAGAUGUUCGCCAAGGAGGAAGGCAGUUGGUGGUGGACCUCCUACAGCGAUGAGCAGGGCUCCAGCAGCUGGGCUGCCAACGCCCAGCGGCGCCUCGUGGAUCCCUUGCCAUGCAGUGGAGCCAGUGGAGCGUGGCACGUGGAGAACGAGUUCCACCUGUUGAGUGACGAAGGGUUGAUCCCGCCCUACUACCGUCCCAAGCACCGGCCCAACCUCACCAAAGACGAGUCCGGCGGUUUUCUGCGGAGCCUCACCGUGGCGCAGCUGCGCUAUGUGGAGCUCUCCGUGCUGCAGGUGGCGGCAGGAUUGAACGGCUGGGCCGUGAUCAAGGAGGAAAAGGCAGGCGUGUUGGCCGAUCGCAAGAUGGCUAUCAAGGACGAUGGUGGGAAUCCCACCUCAGCCAUUGAGAUCGGGACCAAACUGGUGAGCCGCGAGGCGGCCUUCAAGGCCUGUGGGGCACAAACUUCGCCAUCCUUGGAUCAGGGAGAUCGCUGCAAGAGCAUCAACCAGGAUGCUUACCAGUUGGCCCUGAAUGUGUCGUCACAGAGAGCCUUGAGCAGAUUUCAAAGGCUGGGACGACCGUUGGUGAUGGCUGCAGAUAAGAAGCCGACCCCGCCAGCUGGCCCUUGGUGGAUUUGGAACUACCUGAGCUAUACAGACAAGAGCUCGGAGGUGGAAGUCGCCUCAUGGUAUGCUUUCUAUCCACUUUCAGGGCCUGCCUAUGGGGCUGGGAAUCAUUACUGCAAGCUCCUGUCCCCCGCCCGCGCUUUGGAAUGGAUCUACAUCGAUGGUCUGCGCAAGGCGCCGAAGAACGUGAACGAGGAACAAGCUCGGCACGGGGCCGUUCUCGAAGGAAAGCGACAUUGGACACAUUGGGAUGCUGGCUGCGAGAUUACUGAAAUGCACGUGCCCGCGUUGCGGGCGUAUUGCUUCCAAGACUUUGACCUGCAAACAGCCGAAUACACGCGGGCGCUGGAGAACUUUUGGUGCCCCCUCUGCCGCAUCAGGCACCUGGAUCCGUUCAAUGCCAUUGUGGAGCAAUCAGGGAUCCUGAGACAUCACAUGUUCAUGCGACCGACGGUCUCCUUUAACCUCGACUUGCCAGAACUCAAGGCCUGGCGAAAAGAGGAGCAAAGUAUCUUCGCGAGGUGUAUUAAGGUGAACAGUGACAUCACAGCACAGGUCUGGCCCACGAAGUUGAUCGUGGUCAUCAAUGGAGUAGAGGUCUUUCGAAUAGAUCCCCCUGAGGAAGGAAACACACCGCGACGUCGGUCGGACUUUCCACCGGGCGUCCGUUUGAAAAGGAUUCUUCUUCAAAAAUGCACAGCAUGGAAGCGACGACUUGCCGUUGCCAGAGCUUGGUUUGGGGUGCGGCAUUGAAAGAAGCACACAAGAACUGUUCAGUGUAGUGUGAACAACUACGGCUCAAGCAUCACUACGUAUGAGCAACCUUAUUUGGCUUGGUUCGCUGUCUAGAUUAUGUGGCUCUUUGAGGAAGGGUGACCGAAGAUAUAUUAUGUUGUAAACACACAUACAUCUACUGAACGUAGAAAUAUGCCACUUUGUCUGAGAUCAAAACAUCGCAUUUCCCAUGAGGGGCCACGUUUUUCAGGGGGAAAAUCAGCAAGUUGCCGCCUCGCGCACAGAUUGGAACACAGUCUCAGUCCAGCAUUCCAGUGGUGAGGCAGGCUCGUGCUGGCCCGGGACCCCCCCCCUGCGUGCCAAGUGGACUUCCAUACCGCAACCGUAUGAUGCCAGGGACGAUGGCCGAGGACUUUGACCUCAACCCAUGGGGCCGGGGCCGUGGGCACCGGGGCCAUUUGGGCACAGGUCACAACGGCAGAUCGACGAGCGACGAGAUGGCGAUGGAUGCUAUGCCUCGGCGACAAGAAAUUGCUGUCUCCCCCAGCUGCGCAUGAAAAAAAGAGCUGAAACGGAAGAUAAAGUAGGAUCAGAAUAGUGGGAUUUUGAGAUUGAAGCCGUCAAAAUCUGACGCAUAGGGCCUACUAGUAGGGUGUAGCCAGCAACAGAAAGGUCCUUGAAGCCGAUCCCUGACACCCCUUUUUGUUGAGGAAAACACCCGGCCAGUUUCCGGUGUCACCGGGCGGACGAUGAACCCAUUGGGACCGAACGGGGAACGGGGCGCCGUGGUUUGGUGCGCCACUUUGGCAAGUUGAUGUCACCAUCAAAAUCUGGUUGGUGGUUU